AUGCCCAAAAGAAAGGCUGAAGCGGAUACUAAAGGAAGUAAAGCCAAGGUGAAGGACCAGUCAGAGAGAUCUGCCAAGUUGUCUGCUAAACCUGCUCCUCCAAAGCCAGAGCCCAAGCCUAAAAAGGCCCCUGCAAAGAAGGGAGAGAAGGUCCUCCAGGAGAAAAAGGGGAAGGCCAAUGCCAGGAAGGAUGCGAAUACUGCAGAAAAUGGAGAUGCCAAAACAGACCAGGCACAAAAAGCUGAAGGUGCUGGAGAUGCCAAGUGA